AUGGUCCAGGGACAGCUACAGACCGGGGGAAGGAGGUCGGCCAGGAGCCGGAAAGAUCGCCACAUCCAUGCCAUCUCACGCCCGGAGGUGAGAUGGCAUGAGAUCCAGUAUCCUGAUCCCGAGCUCCGUUUUGAGAAGCUGGCUGUGGAGACUCUGCCCGGGCCCCCGAAGGACUUCACCAUCGGAGGGAAACGGAGCCACGGGCUCACCAAGGGUGGGCAUGCCAGGAAAGAAGACCUGGAGAUGCUGCUGCAGUUCCUGGAUUGGGGCUUCGAUCAUAAUCUGAUAAUACACGAAGCCACCUGCGACCAGCUUGGCGCUAUGAUUUUCAAGCUCAUCUUCAACCGAGCGCCCGAACAUCAACCUCAGACUUGGAACGAAUUAUUCGACGUGACGAGAGACGCGGGCCCACGUUUGCUGUCCAGAAACAUCGAUCGGCCAUGCAUCCCAAUUAGUCGCUACUACCCCAGUCUUGAGAGUGGACCGGCCAUGCCGGCUGGGCGGACUUUUCAGAGACCGCUGGACGCUUCCCCAUAUCUCUCAGAUCUCUGCAUUCACCGGAUGUCUUUGCCCUCGACUGGUGGCUCUCUUAGUGCUACUGUUACUCCACAGCCUAACACUCAAAAUGAGAAAAUCAUCUCUUUCGAUUCGAGUCCUUCGCACUCAUCAUCUCUUUCAGCAACGCAACUCGCCACUCAACCCGCAUCAACCGAAAGCAUGACGAACUCGCACAACGAUCCUUCCAACAAAAAGACCCAGUCGGCCCAAUCUCUUGGUCUUCCUCAAGCAGCACCUGUAGACCCAGCUCAGACCAACGAAGCUUGUCUCAGCAGAAAAGCUACGGACCACGCCAUCAUGCAGGGUACAAAUCCAGACAGCAACAUCACCAUGGAAGAACCCGUGCCGUCCGUCGACUCCAGUAUGCUCGAUGCACUGAUUGUGGUGGCUCAGUUGCUGAAGCUAGGCUCAUCCAAGGACAAGACUAAUGAGAGCGAGAGACAGACUUUCGACGGAGCGGAGCUCGCCUUCCGCGAAGCUAUAAAACAAGACUGGGACACCUGCGCCCACGAAGAAGGUACUCGGCUGAUAACUCGUCUCAAAGCUGAAUUGGAAAAGCUCAACGUCAGCAUUGAUAUAAAACCCCAGAAUAUACGAGACGCUUGGAUGGCAUUGACGAAGUCCUUCACCCAGUUCGACUAUUUGUCUGCAAAGAGAUACUCCUCGUGUUCCUGUUUGCCUGACGAUCUCCCCGGAUCUCCCUUCGUUGACGAGGGACUCGCUGUGAAACAACACAUAUUCAUGCCACUCGCUGAGAGCGCCGACACAGAUGGAGUGACCAUACAGGACCUCCUGGGCCGUUGGUUCGGAAAGCGGUGGAGCGAGGAUUGUGUCCUCUGUAAACAGCCUGGCUCCGUUGCUACGGAUAUGGCAUUUCAGAGUACUCCCUUGUGUUUAGUGGUUGCGCCCGCUCCCGGAACCUCCCUUCAUGAGCAUACGCGUGACAUCAACAUCAACUACAUUGACUUCACAGGCACUGAAUGUACUGCAUCCUAUAGAUGGAUAGGAGGCAUUUAUUACAAUGACAGCUGCCUACGUGUCUACUGGACUGAUACCAAAGUAGGUGAGCAUGGUAGUGGAAAUAUCCGUGCUUAUGAGAGCCGACUGAGAUCGGAUUUCAUGAUCGAAUCCCACGCUCAGUCCAACCCUUUUGAUCGAGUGCCCCCAUUUUGGUGGGAGAAUAAGCCUGUCCCAUUACUGUUCUAUGGGUGUAUCUGGAGACCAGAAUCCGAACACUUGGAAAGGCCCACUGAAUCCCUUGACGAGAUGCUUGCGGCCCUAGAUGAUUUUGAGAACCAGCUGGUGACGCAAGCAACUAUGACUACCAGCCUUGCAGUUCCUGCUCUUCACAGCCAGCUAAUGACGCCACCGACCACUACUUCUAGCCCUGAAGGUCAUGAUCCACACAACCAGCUGAUGACAGAGAUGACCGUUCCCCUCCCCAAGGUUGAUGCCGCUCACAGCCAGCUGAUCACAUCAUCGGGCCAUCCAGGGCAGGAGGAGGUGCGAUAUUCGGAUUCUCCAUAUGGCUAUGGCUAUGGCGACUUUGUUGGCCAGGGAGUUUUCUCAGUCUUCAACGACGGUUACAUGGCUAUGGACGCUUCAGCCCAAGCACCAGAAUAUGAUCCACGCACCGAAAUGGCUGAGGCGAGUUUCGCGUUGGGCGAAGGUGGUUUUGAAGAGCUGUUGAAUAACUCUGCUCUGCGAACUGAUUGGUCUUUGGUUUCCGAUGAGCCUGAUCAUCAUUCCUCUGCUGAAUUCAAUGUGAGGCAUCAGCAGGAAAGUACUGAUAUUGUGAUGCAGGAUGUCUUUGGAGGUGGUGAAACCGAUGAUUCGAAGACCGUUGAAAAGUGAUACUGCCGUUGAGCCGUGGACUGUUCAUCAGUU